GUUUUAUUUGCAUUUCUAGUUUCUAAAGUAUUUGUUUCUGUAUGUCUGUUUUGUCUUUAUUAUCUUCACAUAUAUUUGAUUGUAAAACAUGAUUUACAUGACUGGAUUAUUGGCAUGUUCCAUGUAGUUCCUAGUGGUAAUGUGUAAUGUUAUUUCAGGUGUAUUAUAUACUAGUACGCAUCCUGGUUCUAGUGCCUUUGUUAUUCUAUUUAUGCUGCGUGUUAGAGGUGUGGAUGUGGAUUUAGGUGCAAUUGAGGACGUAGAUGGGGUUGAGGAUGCAGGGUUCUCAUACCCAUAAACCUCAGGAUAAUAAGCAUAACCCCCAUAAUCCAGGUCAUCUGCUGGGCAGGGUACUUUUGUUAUCCUGGUGGCAUUCCCAGGCUGGAAGUGUCAUGCUUGCUGGUUUGGGAGUGCGUACUGCAAACGUAUUGUUCUCUAUUGAUAUUAAUCUAGGCCUGGGUCUAUUAAGGCAGUUUUUGAUGUGUGUAUAUUAUACUUAAGUCAUGGUUAUACAAGUAAGUCACAGGUGCAAUUGGGGUUAGUGCCUCCAUUAGGUAUACUUGUCCAUUUCUUAUUCCUCCUUUUAAUGGUUGUAUAAAGAUAUUCCCUAUUUUCCUGCAAUAAGAGCCUAGAUCUAUAAGCCAUAUACGUGUUGGUAUAUAUUAAUUUAAUGAUAGACAUCUUACAUUCUACAUUUUUUCUUUUUAUUUAUUUUUUUGGACAGGUAGAGUGGGCAGUGAGAGAGAGACAGAAAGGUAUUCCUUUGCCGUUGGUUCACCCUCCAAUGGCCGCUGCGGCUGGUGCACCGCGCUGAUCUGAAGCCAGGAGCCAGGUGCUUCCUCCUGGUCUCCCAUGGGGUGCAGGGCCCAAGCACUUGGGCCAUCCUUCACUGCACUCCUGGGCCACAGCAGAGAGCUGACCUGGAAGAGGAGCAACCGGGACAGAAUCCGGCGCCCCGACCUGGACUAGAACCCGAGGUGCCAGUGCCACAGGUGGAGGAUUAGCUUAUUGAGCUGCAGCGCCGGCUACAUUUUCUUUUCUAAAGAUUUUAUUUGAGAGGUAGAGUUACAGACAGUGAGAGGGAGAGACAGAGAAAAGUCUUCUGUCCAUUGGCUCACUCCCCAAAUGACUGCAAUGGCUGGAGCUGUGCUGAUCUGAAGCCAGGAGUCAGGUGCUUCUUCCGGGUCUCCCAUGCGGGUGCAGGGGUCCAAGCACUUGGGCUAUCCUCCACUGCUUUCUCAGGCCAUAGCAGGGAGCUGGAUUGGAAGAGGAGCAGCUGGGACCAGAACUGGGAUGCCAGUGCAGCAGGCGGAGGUUUAACCUACUGCGCCACCACGCCGGCCCCACAUUCUACUUCAUUACAAUAAGAUCUUUCAUUUGGGUUUAACAGAAUUGUGUGUGUGUUCUCCUUUCCCUGUAUUAAUUGUCGUGUGUCAGUUAAUGCUUGUUGUAAUAUUUGUACUGCAUUCGUGUUCUCUAAAUAGUGUCUAAUUUUUUGCUCUGUAAUUUUAUAUCUUUCUGCAUAUAAGUCUGAUUGGUCUUUCAAAUUCUUUAGGAUUUGUGAGCAGAUGAUUUGUUCGUGAUAUAAAAUUUCAUUUAUUAGGGAUUUGGAGAUGGCUUUCAACCCUUGUAUUUAUCUCUGAUAUUUUCUAUCUUAGUUAUACAUAGGUCUAGGUCCUCUAUUGCCUUUGCAUUUGCUAUUUCUCCUGUGCUAAUCUUCCUAUUGCUAUCUACUCCAAUAAUUCCUUUUCCUUCUUGAGAUGUCUUAUAUGGCUUAUAGGUAUAAGUCAUUCCACUUUAGGACACCUUUGGUUUAAGGCUGUGGAGAAUAUCCCAAUGUCAAUUUUGAUGCACACCUGUUGUAUUAUUGGUUGUAUUCUUAAUUGUACUGGUGCACUCACAUCCAGUAUUGUAUAUGGUGCUGGUAAUGUUUCUAAUUCUCUGGGGUGUUUGUGCAUUAACUUCCAUCCUGUUGUGUAAUGUGCUGUAUAUAACUUGUGUUGCAUUUACGCUUCCUCUUUCAAUAAUACAAGGUAUAGUGUUGUAUUUAUUAAAAUCCAUAGGGAGUAUUUGUAUGUUACCUUGGUUACUCCAGUAUCUACCAUUUCUUGAGGUCUUCAUUAAUGAGGGUGCAUGUGCUAUAAAGUCGUAUUGUAUUAUUUUGUCUGGCUCAUUCCACUUUGGUAGCAUCAUAAAAAUGAUAUGGUAGAUUAGAGUAUUGAAUUUUGUAUCUCUGAGGGAUGUUUAUAGAAUCCACUCCUGCUUUUAUUCACCAUUGGAUGUCUCUUCUCUGCAUCUUUUAUUUUAACUCACUGUUGUUCUGGAGCCUUUUCACACAUUUUUCCUGCGAAUAUCCUUGUUUUCAAUAAAGGGUUGAUAAGGUUCGUAACUGUAAUUGAGUUUAUUAUAUUUCUUUUAAAACCUCUACCUCUAUCUGGGUAUGAUAUUGUGAUUUUUUUUUUAAUUCCCACUGUAUUUAUUGUCUUCUUGUAAUAACAUAAGGGUAAUAAAAACAACAUGAGGAAGUGUUUUGGAACUAUACUCGCAAUGAAAGGGCACCUACAAAAACAAACCAAAAAACAUAGCAUUGCCUUCUCAGUAUUUUCUCACUUCAUCCAUCAUUGCUAGUUGGAGACGCUUUGUAACAAAGUAAUUACCUCCUUUUAGCAUGAUCCGACCCAGUUGUUUUCUUGACUUUUAGAAUGAAUCUCUUCUGCGUCAUCUAAUAGGAGGUUCAUGUGUUCAUCAAAACCAAUGAUACAGCCUUCUAUCUGCGUAUUCACUUGUUCAUAGAGCCACACCUGAAUGCGAGAUCUGUUUUGCAAGGAUGUAAAGAUGAGGUUGAUGGGCUGCACCAUCACCUUCUGCACUUUCUGGUCCUGACCACAGUAUGCCAUGGUGGCAUCUCACGAAGACCACACCGGACUCACCUGGGAGGAGGUGAAGCGGCUGUGACGCACGGAUGCUGCAGUGCAGGGCCGUGGGAGGACAGUGCUGCCAAAGUCAUCGCGUGCCACGUGCCUGUCCUGGAGGACCGCACUCCCGGCCUGUGGGAGAGGCACAGGAAGGACCAUGGAUAACAAGACCCAGGAAGUUGGUGGCGUCCAUUUCCCGUUUCCCUUCACGCCCUAUUCCAUCCAGAAGGACUUCAUGGCAGAGCUCUACAAGGUGCUGGAGGCUGGCAAGAUUGGGAUAUUUGAGAGUCCCACGGGCACUGGAAAGUCCUUGAGUCUCAUUUGUGGGGCCCUCUCCUGGCUCCGUGACUUUGAAGAGAAGAAGCGCCAAGAAGAGGCCCGUCUGCUGGAACCUGGAACCGACCCCUUGCCUGGCACGGGCAGCUCGUCCUCACUUCCGGGCAGCCCGAGGCCUGCGGGAGAGCCAGACUGGGUCACUCAGUUUGUGCAGAAGAAAGAAGAAAGGGACUUGGUGGACCGACUGAAGGAGGAGCAGGCCAAGAGGAGGAAGCAGGAGGAGCGGCUGCAGCAGAUCCGGCGCAAUGCGCAGCUCAGGGCUGCAGCCCAGCGCCGGAGACAGGAAGAAGAGGAGACCGAGAGCCUCCUGCGCCUCAGCAGGGAGAUGCUGGCGGCAGCUGGCGCGGAGCCGCCGGAGCAGCUGGAAUCCGGGGAGGAGGAGCUGGUGCUUGCGGAGUACGAGAGCGACGAGGAGAAGAGGGCCGUCCGCGGAGUGGAUGAGGAUGAGGAGGAAGCCCUGGAGGAAGAACACAGAACUAAGAUUUAUUACUGCAGUCGGACGCAUUCCCAGCUGGCCCAGUUUGUGCGAGAAGUACAGAAGAGCCCCUUUGGCAAGGAAACCCGACUCGUGGCCCUCGGCUCCCGGCAGAGCCUUUGUGUGAACGAGGACGUGAAGAGCCUGGGUUCUGUGCAGCUGAUCAACGACCGCUGCAUGGAGAUACAGCGCAGCAAGCACGAGAAGAAGAACAAGGCUGAGGAGGAGCAGCCGAAGAGACGGCGGCGGGAGAGCCGGGCUGCCUGCCCUUUCUACAACUACGAGCAGUUGCAGCUGCUCCGGGACGAGAUCCUGCUGGAGGUCAAGGACAUUGAGCAGCUGCUGAGCCUGGGGCAGGAGGCCCGGGCCUGUCCCUAUUACGGCAGCCGGUUUGCCAUUCCUGCCGCCCAGCUGGUGGUGCUGCCCUACCAGAUGCUGCUGCACGCAGCCACCCGGCAGGCUGCGGGCAUCCGCCUGCAGGACCAGGUGGUGAUCAUCGACGAGGCGCACAACCUGAUCGACACCAUCACGAGCAUGUACAGCACUGAGGUUGGCGGUUCCCAGCUCUGCCAGGCCCAUUCCCAGUUGCUACAGUACAUGGAACGAUAUGGGAAGCGUCUGAAGGCCAAGAACCUGAUGUACAUUAAGCAGAUCCUGUACUUGCUGGAGAAGUUUGUGACUGUGCUGGGGGGGAAUGUUAAGCAAAACCCCAACACACAGAGCCUCUCGCAGACAGGGACGGAGCUGAAGACCAUCAACGACUUCCUCUUUCAGAGCCAGAUAGACAACAUCAACCUCUUCAAGGUGCAGCGGUACUGUGAGAAGAGCAUGAUCAGCAGAAAGCUCUUCAGCUUCACAGAGCGCUACGGGGCCGUUGUCCUGCCCUCCCGGGAGCAGCGCAGGCUGGCGGGGUUCCAGAGCUUCCUGCAGAGCCUGCAGCCCGGGACGCCUGAGUCUCCUGCAGCCGCUGAGGAGGACCCGGCUGGGGCGCCGCGGCCGGCCUCCCCGCUCAUGCACAUUGAAGGCUUCCUCGCAGCCCUCACCACGGCCAACCAGGACGGCAGGGUCAUCGUGAGCCGCCAAGACAGCCUCAGUCAGAGCAGCCUGAAGUUCUUGCUGCUCAACCCAGCUGCACACUUCGCCCAGGUGCUGAAGGAAUGCCGGGCUGUGGUCAUCGCGGGAGGCACCAUGCAGCCGGUGUCUGACUUCCGGGAGCAGCUGCUGGCAUGUGCUGGGGUGCAGGCUGAGCGAGUGGUGGAGUUUUCCUGUGGUCACGUGAUCCCUCCAGACAACAUCCUGCCCCUGGUCAUCUGCACGGGACCCUCUGGCCAGCAGCUGGAGUUCACGUACCAGAAGAGAGAGCUGCCUCAGACGAUGGAUGAGGCGGGUCGCAUUCUCUGUAACCUGUGCAAUGUGGUCCCUGGAGGGCUGGUCUGUUUCUUCCCCUCCUACGAGUACCAGCGUCAGGUCCACGCCCACUGGGACAAGAGCGGCCUGUUGGCCCGCCUGGCCAUCAGGAAGAAGAUAUUUCAAGAACCCAAGAGAGCAAGCCAGGUGGAGCAGGUGCUGCUGGAGUAUUCCAAGUGCAUUCAGUGCUGCAGCCAGGCAGGAGGUGUGCUGACCGGGGCCGUGCUCCUCUCUGUGGUCGGAGGGAAGAUGAGCGAGGGGAUCAACUUCUCUGAUGACCUGGGCAGGUGUGUGGUGAUGGUGGGCAUGCCAUACCCCAACAUCAAGUCCCCAGAGCUACAGGAGAAGAUGGCCUACCUGGACCAGACCCUUCCCAGAGCCCCAGGUCAGGCCCCCCCAGGGAAAGCGCUGGUGGAGAACCUGUGUAUGAAGGCUGUCAACCAGUCCAUAGGCAGGGCCAUCAGGCACCAGCGGGACUUUGCCAGCAUAGUGCUCCUGGACCAGCGGUAUGCCCGCCCUUCUGUCCUGGCCAAGCUGCCGGCCUGGAUCAGAGACCGUGUGGAGGUCAAAGCUGCCUUUGGCCCUGCCUUUGCUGCUGUGCGGAAGUUCCAUCGGGAGAAGGCUGGCCUUCCCUGACGCUGGCUGCAUGCUUGGUGCUGUGCAACCGGGGCUCCUGUCCCAGAAGCUGGAAAGGGCGCCCAGAACGGCUCUGCUAGAACCCCAGGUCCAGGCUUAGCCAGAGAAGCCGCUAGAACAGAUGGCCUUGCUGAGGCUGUCCCUGGAGCUAAGUCAGGCCUCUGCCUGUCUGCAGGAGGCUGUGGGAUCUUGAAUUAAAGGCGUUUGCAGCCUCUGGCGGCCAGAUGGUGACCCCUGCCCCCACAGCCUUGUGCCCUUCCCAGCACCAGAGCAAAUGCAGAGAUGCCUUCUAUUCUGAGCCCGGAGAGAGGGCCUCGGGCUGCAGGGAAAUACUGCAGUAUUUCUGUGUAUGUCCUCCACAGCUGCAGUUCUGUAAUAAAACGUGUGCUCCUGGUUUGCA